AUGUGUUGUCUGGACUGACAAUAACCCGUUGAGCCAUUUGGACACUGCCAAAUUGGGUGCAACAGAACAUCGGUGGGUUGCUGAACUUUCUGUAUUUGACUAUAUAGUCAGAUAUCGUCCAGGCCGUGUAAAUAAGAAUGCUGACGCCCUUUCAAGGCAAUCGACAAGCGAGGAUCGAACACAACUACAGCAAUACCUUCCUGGGACAGCAAUUCCAGAAGUGGUCCGUGAGGCGUCUGUCGGGGUGCCAGAGGAUGCUGCCCAGUUGGCGAUCACUGCGCUUCCCUCCCGCAGUAGAGAAGAUCUGUGCUUGCUUCAAGGGGCUGAUCCGGCCAUUUCAGCCUUUCUGGAGUUUUGGCAGCAGCAAAGAGUGCCGAGCCGGGCUGAAAAGGAGCGCUUAGGGCCGGGUGCCCGUGGACUUCUGAAACAGUGGGACCGAAUUGUCCAGAGAGAAGGCAUUUUGUACCGGCGCACGUGGAGACCAGAUGGCGGUGAAGAAGUUCUUCAGGUUCUUCUCCCAGAGAGUUUAAAAACAGAGGUGUUGCAGGAACUCCAUCAACAUCAUGGCCACCAGGGGAUCGAGAGGACAACAGAUGUGGUGAAGCAGAGAUGUUUCUGGCCAGGAGUGGACAAAGAUGUAAAGGACUGGUGCCAGCAGUGUGAACGGUGUACCCUUGCUAAGAACACUCAGCCAAGAGUUCGAGCUCCUAUGGGUCACCUUCUUGCUUCAAGACCAAAUCAGCUGUUGGCUAUUGAUUUUACACUUCUGGAACCAGCCCGUGAUGGAAGAGAGCUGGUGAUGGUGAUGACGGAUGUGUUUUCGAAGUUCACCCAAGCAAUCCCUACUCGUGAUCAGAAAGCGACAACGGUGGCAAAGGUCCUGGUUCGUGAGUGGUUUUACCGUUUUGGAGUGCCGGCCCGUAUCCACUCUGACCAGGGGAGGAACUUUGAAGGCGUCUUGGUACAACAGUUAUGUGAGUUGUACGGAGUUCAGAAAAGUCGCACCACGCCCUACCACCCACAGGGAAAUGGACAAUGUGAACGUUUUAAUCGAACUAUGUUCAAUCUGCUUCGUUCCCUAGCACCAGAUGAAAAAGGAAAUUGGCCUGAACAUCUCCCACAACUUGUCUUCCAUUAUAACACCACUGCCCAUCAAUCGACAGGUGAAUCGCCUUAUUUCCUCAUGUUUGGACAAGAGCCCCACUUGCCAGUGGAUUUUCUGCUUGGCCAUCUUCCUGAGCCCACAGCAUCUAAAGUGUGUGAUUGGGUGGCAGAGCACAGGAGGCGCCUAAAUGUGGCCAUUGAUGUUGUUAGAGGCAGAGUGGAGUUGGCAGCCCACAGGAGGAAAGUGAGGCAUGAUGAGAAGGUCCGGUGCGAGCCACUUGAAGUCGGGCAAAGAGUAUAUCUGCGUGAUGUUGGCCCAGGGCGCAGAAAGAUCCAGGACGCAUGGGGGUCUACAGUGUACCAAGUCAUGAGAGCACCAAGUUCAGGGGGUGUUGUAUACUCAAUUGCUCCAGUUGAUAGGCUUCACCUUGUUAGACAAGUCCACCGUACCUCUAUAAAGCCUGCCCUGUCAUCUACAGAGACUUGCUAUGAUGGUUGGCCCCAAAGGCCCCCUGAGGAUAACAGUGACGAGGAUGAUGUGGAGUCGGGAUCUUGGCUGAUGUUCCGAGAGGCUGAUAGUAAUCCAUCCAUGCCUGUGGUACCAGAGUUGCCAGAAAUCCCUCCAGCUCGUACACCUGUUGAGGUACCACCAGCUUCACGAACUCCUCACAGCAGUAGGGCUGGCCCAAGAAAGUCCACUCGCAAAACAGCUGGUAAACACUCCAAUCCUCAUCGUCUUCCAGGACCUGCCAGGAAUGAAGAUAGCAGGGUUGCUGUUCCUCGGGUUCCAGGUGCCAGCAGCAUGGCUACAGCCAUUUUUCGGCCUUGGUCGUAGUUUUACUUUAUCGGUGGGCCACCGAUCCAUAGAGGGGGAGUAGGAUGUAACCGGGUGGUUUAUUGGUCGGGAACAGUGGAGUGGUUGUAAAUUCCUACCCAUUAAAUGUCCCUGAAUGCAUCUGUGCCCUAUUUCUCCACCUUCCUCGGCUUUGCAGCGUUGUUGGGCUCAUUAGUAGGUGUAUAUAGGCACCAGGUGUGCCUGCCAAGCUAGAAGUAGAUUGAACCUCACUUGGCUGACUACUGGAGCUGUUAACCUGCUGCACCAGGAAUUGGCAUCAGGAAAUUUGUGUUGCUGGGAUUAUUUCAGUGACUUCUCACUGCAGCAUCUGAAGGGUGCUGCUGCUGCAUAUUAUGCUCUCACCCAGGUGCAUGGUUAAUGCUCUGGGUUAAUUAAGAAAAGGGGUUGUUUAGAGCUGGAGUUGUAGCACCACACACAUUGAACCAGACAAUAGUACGGGGUUCUUCUUUUAAAUUUUAUUAAAUAGCUGAUUUGGCACAGCUUUACAGGACUGGAUUGAUGCAGUUUGAGACUUGUUUUGUUUUUUUGGUUAUUUAACAUUAUUUUGUGUCUUUGGUUGUUACUAAUUUGGGUUGCAGUUGUUUGUGUUUAAUUCUCAGAUUGUUUCUAGUAUUGUCCUGUGUUCCUGUGCUUUAUUAGAUUUUAGAUUGGUAUAAUAAAG